AUUUUAUGCCCAGGAUAAUAAGGUAUAAUUACACCAAGUUUCAUCGAAAUCGGACCGUUUGUUUUUACGUGAUGCUUUCACAUACAGACAGACAGACAGACAGAAAGACAGACAGACAGACAGACAGACAAAAAUUGAUUUAAUCACAUAUUUGGGUUUGGUAUCGAUACAGUAACACCCCCUGGUAUUUAUUUUUUCAAUAUUUUCAAUGUACAGAAUUGACCCUUCUACAGAUUUAUUAUAUGUAUAUAGAAUAGAUAAGCAGAAUAGACUAUUUGCAAGUACGAUAAAAACAUGGUGCCGAAACAAAGGGUCCUGUUGAAUUCCUGCUGAAACUAACAAAAAAGGCCCUACUUAUCUAUUACGAAAAUCGAUUAGUGAAAUUCAUGUUGUCUUGUUCCAUCCGCACCAUAAGGAACUUUACUUUUAAUACCAACCUUCUGUUUCAUUCUAAAUACUGCUGGAAUUCAUAAAAAGUUUCACUGUUGUUUGACGAAUGUAGUUUGGAGAUGUACUACUUAUUUUUUAUCAGUGGAGUCAAGGCAGCGUGCAAAUUAGUUAUGUUUCAACUUCAAGUACCUUUUAUAGUUGUCAAUAUUAUAGUGAAAUCAAUAUUACCUUGGUUAGAUACCUUGUUACUAUGAAUAUAAAAGACGUGAAUUUUAUCUCGUCUAUAUCAGUUCAUUGUUGACUUUGACAAUAGUAAAUUAUUUAGAAGGAAAAUGUUUUCAAAGGUGGUUUGCAUCGCUACUCUGGUGGCAGUCGCCGUGUGCUACGAACAUGCGCACGCGCCUGCAUACUCCUCCCAACAUAUCUCAAGACACGACGGUCCAGCUGAAGUGGUGCAUGUGAAGGGGCAUGAUGCGCAUGGGCAUGGGCAUGGAUAUGAUGCUGUUGAUUAUCAUGCGUAUCCCAAAUAUGCGUUCGACUACAAAGUAGAAGACCACCACACUGGUGACAUCAAGUCCCAGCAUGAGGUCCGCGACGGAGACGUGGUGAAGGGCGUCUACUCGCUGCACCAGCCCGACGGCUCUGAAAGAGUCGUACACUACCACGGAGAUAAGCAUACCGGUUUCCACGCUGACGUCAAAUACGGCACCCACCACGUCGCCCCAAAACACCACGGCCAUUAUUAACUGUGAUAUGAAUUAAUUUAAGCCACACUGUGAUCUUAUAUUUUUAUACUUUGUUUUAACUAUUUGUUGUACAUUGUUGAAUUAUUGAUUCAUUAAAAUGUUAAUAUUG